AUGAAUAGGCUAAUAUUCGAAUUGAUCAGGAUCUUCGACCAACGAUGUGAAAAUGACAUUGAAGAUUUGGCUCUCGUGACCCCAAGUACAGAAUUCGAUAUUGGUCGAAUUCCAGUCAUGAAGUUCUUGGUUUCACGUGGGGUAGAUUUGAAUCAGAUGGGAGAGUCAAGAUAUAUGGGACCUGGUUAUCCAAUUGUGUAUGCAGUUAUGGCAGGAGCAGUGGAGAGAGUUCGUUGGCUUCUUGAUCGUGGCGCGAAUCCAGAGUUGAGGGAUUCGUAUGGGAAUGCGGUAAGUUAUGUGGAGGUGAUGGGAAGUGAGGAGAUGAGAAAUGUUGUAGCGGAGGGUGUGAGGGCAGGAAAGUAG